GCGCUCCAUCGUAUAAGACUCACAAGGCCUCCGCCAAAGGCAGAGAGCGAGAGCGCGCGACAGCAGCAAGGGCCAAGGGCCAGGACGGCAAAGCUCGAUCCGGCAGCAGCGUUUUAGAUCGACUCUUUCACGGCGUCACACACGUGGACGUUUCCAUCUCCUGGUUUCCGUCGAAAAGCGCCGUUAAAAACAUCAAGUUGCCUUUGAGCAACUGCCUAAAGGGCAACCCCACCUGUCGCUUCCAGGCAUUUCCGCAUUCACUCUCAAUUCCGCAUUCGUCGAGGGAAACCAAGCGUGACGGACAAACACUAGUGCGCACUCGAGACGACCAUGGGUAGAUCGCGCACUAUGAGUCGAAGGCGAGCCCAGAGCGGCGCGUCGGCGGACUCCCGCGGCGACGACUCGUGGCAGCCGCCGUCGCUUACGGCCAGCGAGCGCGCGUAUAUGAUCCGUAAGGCCAAGGAGGCGUCCGUGGCGCUUGUGGACCACGCACACACGCUUGACGGACCUGUGCAGUGGCACUACACAGGCAAAUUCCGUGGCAUUCAAAUGUACCGCGGUGAAGGAAGCUACGACCGUGUGGGCACAACCGGCACUGAGUUCCUAUGCGGUGUGACCACUAUGAUGGGAACCAUCGAGGAAGUGGCUAGUCAUUUCGACCAGCAGACAACGGAGCGUAUGCUCGCCAAGAAGGCGGACGACGUGCUGGAUUGUGGCGUGCUCUACUCGCUGGUACAGGGUGACCCUAAGAAUCCGUACUACCGGGUGUCAGCCAAGUAUCAACUGUAUGAAGGUCCCUCAGCCUUCUCUCGAGAGCGAGACUACUGUUACUUGGAGUGUCAGAACACGUUCCGACACGCGUCGGGACGUAGAGGUUGGGUGCUUAGUAUGCACUCGAUCAAGCUGCCUAGCUGUCCGGACGUGGACGGCGUCGUGAGAGGCAGUAUGUACCAGUCUGGAUACGUGUUCGUCGAGGCUGAGAAGGAAGGAUAUAUGGACGUGAUGCAUAGUCUGCAGAUCAACUUUAAGAGCACCAGUCGAUUGCCGCAUUUCCUGCUCAACUCAGCACUAAAGCGACGCAUCUUGUCCGUCGUGACAAUUAGUCGAGAGAUCCAGACGUCGAGAAUGGGACGCCAGACGUUACUGAGGAAGAAGGACCUCAUGCCCAAGCGAGCGAGAGCUCUGUGUACGCUCUGUUCACGCAAAUUCUCGUUGUUUGUACGUAAGACGCGAUGCCGCGUGUGUGGUGAAGUGGUGUGUCAGCCGUGUGCGCCGCAGGUCAUGAUCUCCACCAAGCGCGGACCGAUCAAGACGCGAGUGUGCACCAGGUGCUACCACUUGUCUCCUAGUGAUGAAUAUGAACCAGUUGGAGCGUUGCCCAGUUCUCAUAACGGAGGCGACCCACGACGAAUGCAGAACGAGACUCGGUACUCAGAUAUCUUGCAAGACCAUCAAGAACAUCCGGAUUUGUACCAUGAGGAAGACGAGGAUAGCAUGGAAGAGGAUGGCGACGAAGACGGACUUGAGGAGCAGUCGGACUACAGUGUAUUUGCCCAGUCUCGGUUCACAGAGGCGAGUCGCGACUCGAUGGCUGCAAGUCAAUUUAGUGCAUCCAGAAGUCAGUUUGAAAGCCACUUUGAAAACUCCAGUCAGUUUGACGCCACUAGUGAACUUGACGACAGCCAGUACUACGAUGGUGGGUCCAGCGAGAACAGCUUCGUUAGUGGUGUCAGUGGUACCAGUACAUCGUACUGGCAAGGUGGAAACAGUGCUGUUAGCAGUAUGGCAGGUUGGAACCAGGCCAGUAGUGUCAAACCCGCUGAUGGCUACAUUUACGAUCCCCAGGCCUCUACGUCGAGCAGCAAUUUCUAUGGAGCAAGUAAUUAUGGAAGCGACUAUGGAGCGAGUAAGUACUCGGCAGAAGAGGAGCCUCGUAAGCGACCGGAUAGAUACAAGGCAGCACCAAUCCCGGAGGACGAGCCGUCGAGUCACCGUGGCUACAACAUCAGUCCCAACACGAGCUUCAACGUCUAUAAAUCGACUCAGGAAUCAAAUUACAACUCAACACAAGUGUCGGACUUCAAGGCUACGCAGGACUUCAAGUCGACGCAGGAUUUUAAGCCCACAAAGGACUCCAAGAAGUCGAAAGAUUUCAAGUCGACGGGUUCUAGUCAGGGCAGUCAAAAGUCGAACACGAGUACCGCAAGCAAGACUGUGUCGAUCCAGAGUCUGGCCAAGGCUCGCUCUGCACGCUACGGAAUCAAGAGUCAGUUCCCUCCUCCACCUCCGCCGCCGCCGCCACUAUCCCCGCCACCCGAGGAGGAGGACGAAGAAGACAGCCCUCUGCAUCUCGGAGCGUUGAAGACGGACAAACCGAGCUCAAAGGACCGGAAGCCCAAGGGCAUUGCUGCACGGAAGAUAUUCACCCCGCCGCCUCCCCAGGAAGGACGACGCGAAGCGAACUCGUCAAGAUCAUCGUCAAACCGCGUCCCCAAGGUGCCUCGGAACAUGGCGUUCAACGCUGCUGUGGCCAACAGAGAUUCGCGGAUCUCCCAGACAAGCUCUAAAGAUUCAAGAUUCGGUAGUACCCGAUCUUCUGCGAUUCUGGAGCAAGUGCGUCGCAAUCGCGGCCGGACUUUCCAACUCACUCCUGAAAGCGACCGAACUUCGGCGGUGCUUAAGUCGCUGGAAGAGGAGCACCUGAACAGGAUGCGCGAAAUCGAGCGGAUGCAAGCACUAGCCAAGGAGAAGGCAGCACGACGAUCCAUGUCAUCCAACGGAAGUCGCAACUCUAUGCGAAGUGCUCAAAGUUCGCAGAGUGGUGUGAAUGACCGAGCGAGUGCUGCUAGAAAGGAACCGGAGCAGUUCCGCCGCAGCUCUCGUCGAUCUCGUGCGUCGCCGAGCUCCCCGAUAGGCCCACCACCUGGUUCUCCACCCGGAACUCCGCCUAGUAUGCGUGGCCGUCGUUUGCCGAAUCCCAACUCUUCGUUCAACAGCCAGGGGAACCGAUCGUUUCGUGGAGAUCGCUCGCGUCGUACAGAUGCCAAUAGCGACUUUGGAGGAAGUCGCUUCCUCUCGAACCGGUCCAACGGCGCGUUUGCAUCGGCUCAAAGUGAAGACCUUAUGUUCAACUCGCAGCGAUCCGGCAAGCGACUGGAUUCGUCCCUGACUUCUAGUAAUGGCAGCAAGUUUGGCGGCAAGCGGUUUGAUGCGUCCCAAGCCUCGGGAGUUCAUAUGUCCAACCACCCUGAGGACCUGGCAUUUGAUGCGUCUCAGCUAUCGGUGGAUAAGUCCAAGUUCUCGAGCAGUAUUGCUAUCUUGGAGAACCCUGGUGAGUCACCAGAGCACGUUGCUAUGAUGGAAAGACCCAGUCAACAGCGCAGUUCGAACGAUUCGCUGUUGAAUGAGGAUCUACUAGACCAGUCUUCAGCGGGUAUGAGCGACCACAUCAAUUCGAUGAGAGCUCGAGCUGCGUAUAAGCUGCCAGACGAAGAAGAUCGUCCGUCCGAUGAGCUGCGGAAGCGACAGGAAGAGCACCGCAAGCGCAUGGAGGAGUUGUCCAAACUAGCAGCUAACCACGUCGUUGUUGAAGACAACGUUCGGGACAGCACGUCUACUCUUGGUGGGCUGCACGACAGCUCCAUCAGCCUGACGCACUACUCCGCGAACCAUUUUGGAGACAGUACUAUCAGCUCUGCCAGCUCCGCUAGCUCUGUCGAUAUCGAUGACGAAGAAUUUGACUUCGAAACUCGACCUCUUGGACGCACCAAGCGUAGCGGCACGAUCCCCUUCGCGUUGGAGGAGCUGGAGCAGGUUCCGGAUGUGGAAAGUGAAGACGAACAGAGUGAAGGACCGGAUGACUCGGACACCUCGUUCCGCUUGAGCGAAGAGCAUGCAAUGCCAUCGUACCGCUCGAGCGAAGAGUCUGCCGGUGUAGAGUUUGAGCACGAGACUGAAGCUUCCCCCGCGUACCGCCCCAGUGACGAUCUGGAACAGAAGCGUGGAUUUGUGACCGCUCCAUUCCGCUCAAGCGUCGAAUCUAUCAAGCACGAGUACGAACAGAAGAGUGGGCUGGUUACCCCGCCGCGCCAGAGCGAGGAAUCAGUAGAGCACGAACAUGAGCUGGCGAAUUCAGCGUACCGUCCGAGUGAGGAAUCGGUGGAGCAUGAGUACGAACAGAAGGGCGGAUUUACCACCCCACCACGUCGCUCAAGCGAACACAAAACUGGCUUUGUUACACCACCUCGUGAGGAGUCUGUGGAGGAAGUACACAACAGCGGAUUUACUACUCCACCUCGUCGUUCUAGCGACGAUCAUCAGGGUGGUUUUGCUACUCCUCCGCGUCAUUCAAGUUCAAUUGAUAACUCUGUGCAGCAUGAAGACGAGGGUGGGCUUGCUGACUCGGCAUACCGUCUGAGCAAUGAGUCUGUGGAAUACGAUCACGAACUCAAGAGUGAGUUAGCUACUCCUACCCGGCGCUCGAAUGAAGGUCUCAAGAGUGGAUUGGUUACCCCACCACGACGAUCAAGUGCGGAUUCUCUGGAGCGCGACAGUGAGUUUGCUAACUCAGCGUACCGCCCGAGUGACGAAUCGGUGGAGCACGAGCAGAAUCAUACCAGUGGUCUUAUGACUCCUCCUCGCCGAUCAAGCGAGGACCACAACAGUGGACUCACGACCCCGUCACGCCGUCAGAGUGUAGAAUCGGUGGAGCAGGAGCAGGAGCGUAACAGCGGAUUCACCACUCCUCCCCUCCGCUCAAGUGAGGACCACAAGACUGGGUUUAUCACGCCGCCACGUCGCCAAAGUGAGGAAUCGGUGGAACACCACGAGAAUGAAUUUGCUAGUUCUGCGUACCGUUCAAGCGAGGAAUCAAUGGAGCACGAGCAGGAGCAUAGCAGUGGUCUUGCCACUCCUCCACGUCGCGCAAGCGAGGACCACAAGACUGGAUUCGUUACCCCGCCACGCCACAGCAUGGAAUCUAUGGAGCAUGAGUACGAAAAUGAACUUUCUAACUCAGCUUACCGCUCGAGCGAGGAAUCGGCCGAGCACGAGCACGAGCAUAACAGUGGACUCGCCACACCUCCUCGCCACUCAAUCGAGGAUCACAAGGCUGGAUUCAUCACCCCACCACGCCGCCAGAGUGAGGAGUCAGUGGAGCAUGAGGCGCUUGCCAACUCGGCUUACCGCUCGAGUGAGGAAUCGGUGGAACACGAGCAGGAGCGUAACAGUGGAUUCGCCACUCCUCCCCGUCGCUCAAGUGAGGAUCGCCAGAAUGGGCUCACCACUCCACCACGCCGUCAGAGCGAGGAAUCCAUGGACCACGAGCACGAGAGUGAGCUUGAAGAUGCUGGUCAUCGCUCAAGUGAGGAGCAUGAACCUACCAAGCCCUUGUACCGGCCAAGUGAAGAGUCCGUGGAGGAAAAAAGCGAACGUGAAUCUGUCUCGAGCUCCGAAUCUGAACCAGAAGAUUCUGACGCAGUGUACCGCACCAGCGAAGAGCAGGUUGCCCCCGAAAAGAGUGCACCCAAGUUCCAGCCGUUCAGCUCACAGCUUGUUCCAGGCGAAGGAAGCUCAGCAGUCGACGAGUUCCACGCUGAUAGUUCAAGAGUUAUCUCUAACAGCAAGCUCGCUCAGGUGGAUGAACUUGAUGAAGACACUCGCUCUCCCCGUGACACGUCGGACUUCCAUCAGAGCAUUCCCGAAGACCACUCAAAAACGCCGAUCUCCACCAGCAGUACAGAGCCUUCGGAGCACGUUUCCUCUCCCCGUGAAUCGAACGUGUCGGCCAUAGACGAAGAGUUGAUGAACCGUCCCACCAACGAGCUUUUCGAACUGAUUCGCGCGAAUCGACCAGUGUACAGCACGGAUGGACCUCGUUCCUCGGACAUGAUGCACGAUCUGGAAGCGAGCCACUUGCGUCGUAUGGAGGAGCUAAACCGUAUCGCUGUUGACCACUUGGGCAAUCGCAUCUCCAACUUGGACGAAGACAUGCUCGGCAGUGCGUAUCAACCUGGUCGGUCCAUGCACCCGGGAUUCCGUGAUGAAGGCGAAGAGAUGCAGUGGCGUUCGUCCAGCGUCAUGCAAGAAGUACAGUCCAAGCAUCAGGUUGACAUGGAGAGACUGCGCCGUAGGAUCCGUCAACUGGAGGAGGAAUGCCGCGAGUCGAUCGCAUCUGUGUUGACUCCAGCAGAAAUGGACUUGUCCGAGUUCGACAGCGACGACGACGACGAGCAAGCCCACAAGUUUAAUGGCCACCGCAGCUUCAACGCCAGCAGGAGCUUCAACCCGCAGUCGUCCUUCAUGUGUGCGAGCGAUCUGAGUGCAUCGACGAUCUCGGAACACAAUUCGGACGACGAGACCGAGUCCCAACCUUUGCCUGCCCGUAUAUUAUUCGAGCAGAUCGCACAGUUGACGCAGUUGCAGCGGGAAAUGGCCGAAGCCGAGGACGACGACGAUGAAGAGGAGUAUCGCGAACGUAUUAAAGAGCAGUACCGCGUGCUACAAUCGAUCAAGUCCAACAGCGCUCGCCAGGAGCGCGAGUCUCUCAGUCGAGAAUCGCUCAACCGAGAGUCUUUGGAAGAAGAGAACUGGAUCUAAAGCCGGUCAGUAGUUUAUAUGCCGAGUAGAAUGGCGUUGCACAUGCAUUUAUCUGUCGUUGUAGUGCUACAUGUACUGAACACGUCGCUGAUACCAAGUUUGCGUCUUACCCAACCUCACAUCACAUGCAGUGGCUGUUAGGUUAUUCCCUCAAGCCAUCCGGAGUCCUGACAGCAGAACCUACAGGUCAGAACUCGGUCAUGUUUGGC